CUUGAUUUCUCGGUUAGUGGGUAAAUCACACAUACUUUCAUUCUUUCUUUCCUUUUUCACAUAAAAAUAAGGCCCAAAAAUAAUUCCCCAUGUUCAUGGCAUGUUCAUAGAAACUUAAUACCCAAAAGCAUCCAUCAAACAAACAAAUGGAGAAUCGAAUCCAGACCCCUAGACCUUUAAUUCCAUACAAGCAAGAAAGUGCAUUUCAUGCCUGCUUGCCUGCUUGCCUGCCCUCAAUCCCGUCAAUUCCAAACACAAUUCUCCAAACCACCAGAAAAAGAAAAAGGAAAAAUACAUAUAAAAACCUUCAUCUUCCCAUUCCAUCCAUGAUCCAUCCAUUCAUCAAUACAGUCAUCCCACCCCAGCAGGCAUAAACCACCGGAAAUGAGGCUUUCAGGAACAACGCCGCACACAGACCCCAUCUCCAAUCUGCAAGUGUUCAAGGACCAAUCAGACGCCCUCAAACCCCCCCCACAUGUCCCCGAGGAAAUGGAAUGGAAGACCAAUCCAUCCUGGUCUGCUCAUCUAUUUUAAGGUUUUCUGUACAUCAUGUCACUGUAUUUUUUGCUGGUGCUCGGUACCUCCGUAUUAUUGUAUGUGACUACUCCGACUUUGUUUUUGUCAUUUGAUAUUUUGUGGUCUUGGCACUUGGGUAAGUUUGGUUUGGUUUGGUUUGGUUGGAAGGAGAUGGGAUGAGUAUUCUCCGAUUCCCGUUUUAAGACUGUAGGGUUUCGAGGGGGAUGUACAGUACAGUACACACUGCCGAGGUUGAUUUCCUCAAGGUUCCAUUGACACGGUUGAUCUUCCUUUUGUUCUGUUCCAUCGUUUCUAGCACCUUUACCUACAAGGCAUUGAAGCUGCAACGAUUUAGCCAGAAUUACCAGAUUGGGUCGAAGAAGAGUCAAGCCUCACCGUCUCCGUCUCGCUUCCACCUUAGGAAAUACGGAGGUAUCCUCGGCUUCUAUCAAUCUAUCACCUGACAAGUCAAGUCAAGUCAAGUUCCCUUCACCGUCCUAGGUACCAACCUGCAAUCCCUCUACCAUCAAACUCCUCCUCAUCAUCAGCUGGUCCUCGGUCAUCACACCGUCCCUCCCUACCACGAGUCAUUACCAUUCUAUCUCACCCGCCUCUUCACCACUCGCUCACUCACUCAUUCACAUGCAUCCCAUAAGUUACCCGCAUGCAAGCACCCGGCACCAACCUCCCUCCCCUCCCCGCCAAGUCCAAACGGUACCUGAAUCCACACCGCAUUUGGCUUAAAGCCAUCAGCUACCUUUAUUAGCCAAUCUAGUUUAGCAACCCAAUCCAAUCCCAAUCCAACCCAAAGUAGAUUGAUGUUAAAGUAAAGUAAAGCAAGCAAACGAAAGAGAUGUCAUAAACUUACUACGGGAAGAAAUAAUUCCGUGUGGUGGUUAGAUAAAAGGUAAAGUGGUCCGCUGGUGGGGGUUAGCUCGUGGAUCGAAGGAAGGGAGGUGAACCUACCUAAUGCUCGGCUACAAGAUGGGUGACGGUCAUGGGGUUCGGAAGUGGAAGGAGAAGGGGCAAAGGAAAGGGAAGUCAUGCCGAGGGCUGGGCUGCCAUGUGUCUGAUGUCGAGGGAUUGAUUAAUCGAAACGGAAUGUUGAAAUCGAUAAUACCUAGGUCCUGUAAUGGGUAGUGACUGACAACCUGCCUAAUCUAAUGUACCGGUCAGUAUCUGCACAAAGCAGCAUAUAUGGAAGCGAGUGUCUGUCACUUAUGGGAGGGAAGGACUAAAGAUAAUUAGAUCGGUCUGGUAGAUGAUUAGGAAUCAGUCAAGAUCCGGCGUUACUGUUUCUUUCCCCCCCAGAUGUAUACCUCUUUUCUUUCUUCCGGUUCAUUUUACCAUUAGACCUCUCCAGACUUCUGGUUAGCAUUUAACCAUUUCCUUGC